UUCUACCACUAAACACUGACUCGGAGGUGAAACGGCACUCAGACGGGCCGCUCCCACUUGUCUGGUCUUGAGUCUAAUCGCGUCUGACUUCAAAUCUCACUGAAUCCUGCGUGCUCCUGUCGCCAAAAUGCUGCAUGUUGGCCGCGCCCUUGGACUGUCGACCAAAUUCGAAUUGGAACAACCUAACAGCGUCGUUGGCGUCAUGAUGGCUUCCCAAUUCUUUCAGCUGGCAUGUGUUCACGCGCAUAAUUGCUCUCGGUAUCGCUCUUGAACUCCCCCCAGUGAUGCCAGACGAAAUAGCGAUGGGCUGUUUGGUGCACACUCAUUGCCUAAGACUCGACACCUCGUACUGGAAGGGAACCGCGGUCAAAUAGUCGGAAUGCGGGAUGGCGGGUGGUCUCGUUAUCGCUUUCGACUGUUGGUGUGUCGCUCGGACCCUGGGGAAUCAUCGGACUACUCUCCUGUGUCGCCCACGGAGCAGAUUCCCUACUGAGAUCUGGGGAUGUGCUAGCAUCUCUGUUCGCUACGGAAUCGAACGGGAUGGAGAGGUACCAACGGGAAGGCUGCCAAGGCCCAAUCAUGCAGUGCUGCAUCGAGAUAUCUCUGGAUGAAAGUGCUUCAUGAACUCGCGGCGAAGACCUCUGUGCCAACCAACAGGUCAUGGUAAAACUUGAGUCUCUACGGUGCACGCAGUCCUUGAAGCUUACAUAUCUUCGCUCGUCGCUGAUAGCGAAAACAAGAGCCUUGGAUCAUGCACCCAUCAGCCUAUAUCGGGAGGACAAUGGUUUUCCAGGCUUGAUUGCGCACAUCCGGUGCUGUAACGUGACUCCAGUGGAUACGCCCGCGCUCGCAUUGUCGGGCGGGGUUAGGCGUGUCCUUUGCCUCUGCAUCUCACCACCGCCCAAGUCAUACACAUGUCUUCCGUUCCACUGGCCUUCGGUACCCAGCCGCGGCAGCCUUUGAUCGAAAGUUGCUACAAAGUCCGGACGGCACCGCCCAAGAAACUGCAGAACAGUCUGCUAAAGAGUAUCUCGCGACGCAUACAGAUCAUCCCAACCGAAUUCGACUUCCUACCAUCGUCGGAGCUGGCUCAUUCGUUCAUUGAGCUUUACAGCAUGCGUCAGUCAUCGUGGGAGGCGUCGUUCGAGCCACACGGAUCCAUGUACCGGUUGGUUUUACGCAAGAAAAGGGAUGCGCGUGUGCUCGUCCCAGUGAGACGAGCGCGCCCAGUUGUGAGGACGAAGAACAAUCGAACCAAGACACUAAAGGAAUUGCGCCGGGACCUCCUGGCUCUAAAGGCUCCGGGCCAUGGGAACCAACCCGCCGUCUGGGGUAUCCGCCGCACUCAUCUGAAGUACCUGGAGCACCAUCGCAUAACUGCACGUCUUCCCAAUGUACCAACUAGGUUCUUCCGGUACAACGGCAUCGAGAACUACGUGUGGAAUCGGAAGCCCUCUCCUCUCUCAAGGCCGCUCUUGAUCGAAGUGGACGACGACAUUCCUCUGGCGCAAUCUCCCAGCGAGAUCAACUCUCCGACUGAAUUGACGCCAACGAUGACCGAGCCAUCCCCAGUUGAGAAAUGCUCACCUCAGCUAGAGGCUCGGCCUCGUCGUGCACGGAAGAAACCGAAUCAAAGGAAGGAGGAUGUCAGUCAGCGGGAGUAUCUUGAAAGGAAAUGCAAAAGUCGGAGAGUUUAGAUUCGUCAUGGAGGCGUAUCUUAGCAUUCUCCUCGAAUGGACAUCUCCGCAUAGGGCAAUCGACACCCAUGUCCAGUACCUACGUUCUUACUUGACGGAGCAGUUGAUUC